AUAGUACUGCCGAACUUUGCUUUAAUCCAAUCGACUUCUUAUUCCUUUUCAGGUUCCCAAGAUCACAACAAUAAAAGCGAAUUUGAGUCACGGUGUAAAUAGUUUCCAGGUUUUCACCCGAAUGUACGGGUGCCGGACAGGGAUACGGAAAACAGAGUAAUCAAAGUAAUCAUUUCGUGUUCGGAUUGGUACUCGUUACUUCGGGUAUCUAUGACUAACGAAUACUCGAGUACCGUAUAAUUACUUUUUCAACACCACUAGGCAGAGUGCUCUAGACUCGUAGACUGUAGAAGUUAGAAGUGUAUAUGUUUUGUGUGUAGAAGAGUGACAAAGAAAAGACGCACUGUCUAUGUUAAUUUUGCAAUUGUUUGCAACAAAUAUGACAUUAUUUUUAACGUCCUGUCAUUUUGUGAAAAGUUCAAUAACAUUUUGCUAUCCAGCUGGUAGUAUUUAAGCGCAUGGGCUCAUAAUUUCCAAAAAAAAUUCGUCAUAAUGAGCCUGAGCAUUAAAAAGAUACCAGUUUUUGUGUUCCCAAACUCUCUAAAAUUUUAUGUGGGCUCCAAAACUACACACAAGCAGCUUUUAACGUUGUAUAAUCCCUACGACUUUCCAGUGAAAUUUAAAGUGCUGUGUACAGCGCCAAACAAGUAUGCAGUUAUAGACCCUGAAGGUAGCAUUGGCCCCCGCAUGUUAGUAGAUAUUGUGAUAAGGCACACCAUUCCUACACCAGCAAAUUGCAAUAUCACAGAUAAAUUCAGGAUAUCCAUGCAAGAUCAUACUACCAAGCAGGAAUGUACCUGUUACUCGCUCAACAAACUACAUAAUAGUGAUAGGACUAGUGUGUAUAGUGAUGCUCCUAUUGCCAACUCAGCAAGAAGUGCCCCCUCCUAUUUCUAGCAUGCCAAAGUAUUUGCAUAUCAGUGUUUAUUUUAAGUUUGCGCUAUGUUAUGUAUUGGGUCUAGUUAGUAUGGUCAUCUUCAGAACAUGAGGCUAUUGUAAGGGUUGUUAAAAAAGUGAGGAGACUGAAUGUAAACCUUAGACAGACUGAAUAAACAUGACACUUUUUUCAUCAAAAUAAACCUGACAGAAACUCAAGUUUAACCAGAUUUCAAUGUCAAAUGACUUGCUUUUAGAUUCAAACUAAAACAACUGGCAGUCUUGUAUUGACAUGGUUAGGCCAUCAAAUAUUGCGAUGUGUCACAAUAACAUCAGCAUAUGACAUCUUUCAUCAUGAGAUGGGGAACUCCAAACUGACUAGUAAUGACAGUGCCCUCAACCAUGGUGUGAACAUAAUAUGGUGAAAUUUGGAGGACGUGGUAAUGUACAUGAGAGAGAAGCGCCCUAUAUGUAUGUUAGAAAGAGUGCGCCGAUGGCGACGCGGCAAGCCGCAGCUGCUUCAGUGGCCUCUUCACUUGGGUUGCUAGGCAAUGCAGUCUGUCUAUCUCUUUCUCAAACACAUUACAACAUCAGUGGUAUAUGGAUUUCACUCUGUAUGCUGAGUCAAGUUGCGAUUGUCUGUUGCUUUCAAUGAAAAUAGUUUCUAAGAGCUCAAAAAUAAUGUAAAUAGUAAUACUGUGAAAAUCUGCUCCAAGUAUACUAUAUUAUACUACUUGAAUUUUUAUUUAUAUAUAUAUAUAUAUAUAUUUAUUAUUUUUUAUACUAUGUACAAAAAUAAGCGAUUCACGUUGCACAUACCUCUUUUAUUUUCUGGCCUCCAAACAUACCGAAUCGCAAUGUUGUAUUAGCGCCGAAGACAGUCUAAAAAGCAUUAUUGAUACUGAAAGGUAAUGUCCAAGCAAUAAAUUAUAAAAGGAACCGCACUCAUAGGGGCGCGCGGCUUGGUUGGGUUGUUUCCAGGGGCUAUUGCUGUUGAUGAGGUGCAGGCUUAAUUAAUACGGUGUGAUUUUCAAAGCAGAUGAGAUUUUUAUUUGUAAAAUAGCUCCAGGCUUUUGAAAAGCAAAAUAUUCCUUUCAAAUUUCAGUAUUCAGGGAGAAGCAGGUUGUUUGACUAAUUCUGAUAUGGUAGAUCGUAGGUCGGAUGUUUGGUAUUGAAUAGACAAGCCGUAAGUGCUAGGCUACAGAACAUAUGGAAAAUGAACAGUCUAAUCUAAAAUGUAAAUAUGAAAAACAUUUAGAUUACGAAAUUAAUGCGGGCUAUAUAUCCUUCUUGCAACUAAUUUGAUUAGAUAUGGGAAGUAUUUAGUUUAACCACUUUCCGUGUCUAUACAAAACUGAAUUCUGGUCUACAUGCUUCUUACUUUGUAGACAAACUAGUAGGUUCAGCCUCUUUAAGCAGAAAUCCAAGUAUAUAGAAUUUUUGUUGUUCCAGUAAUACUCCCAAUGCUAAUACAAACAGUCAUGAUUUGUUAACUUUAUUCAUCUGGGACUGCCUAGUUGAGUCCGAUGACGGAAUUUUGAAACGUGCUAAUAAAAGUGAUUUGUAGGCGUGCCACUGUUGUGGCUGAUUUUGCGAUGGUAAUUGUUUCCCCUAGAUUGAGAUACUGCUCAACCAGUAGUGUUAUCCAGAAAAAAAUCUGGGGAGAGGCUCAGGAGCCAGGAUCAGAAAAAAUUCCGUCUCGCGAGGGACGGGUGUCUUGGAGAUUGAAUAUUGAAUAGCAGGCAGGACUCACUUCGCAGAAGGUAUAACAAGCUGUUAUAUGUAGGAGAAGCGUAGUAAGCUGUUGCACUUAGGAAGGGGAGCCCCACAGCAUUCCCAUGAUAUACGCCAGUGUUCCCAUACCAGAAUAGGAAUAGAGGCGUGGGGUCUGUGGGCCUAGUUCAAAGACUUCAAUUCUUCUCUCUAAUAUCUUUGGGCCUGCACAGAUCCAGCGGCGGCCACGAUCCUGUUUAGUCAUAAAAUAUUACCAGGCAUUUGAGAUACAAAAUAAUCUUUCAAAUUUUAGGUAUUAAGAGUAAUCCAUGCAUUUUUUUCUUAUGAAUGUGGAAGUGGAACAACCAGCGGGUACGCUUAUGCAGUCGGUGACGCCGCACCUCAAACGUAAAAGCUAUGUUUUGUGUUUUUGGCUCACAAGGAAAUUGACAGUAGCUAGAAAAAAAGUCGGAUUUUUCUAUUUAACCCUUACGUUUAGUGUGUUUAGCAUGGAUAAUCAGUUGUUGUUUGAGUGUUUUAGAGAGCACUCGUAUUGGAGAAGAAAGAAAAUGCAUUUUUAUUGAACCACUACCUUAUUUUAACUGUGAACUGGUGUAUUAUAAUUUAUUGUUUGCGCAACUUACCUUUUUGACUGGUAUAUUGGAUACCAAAUAUUCGACAUACCAUAGAAAAAUUCAAAUCUCAAUCUCUGUUUGGGAUCUGACCAGUCAUGAGUGAUCAGGGGAGCAGACACACUUCGACCUGCGACCUGUCCGUAUUUAGAGCGUCACUCUUUAUUUCUAGUAUAAUUUAUGGCCGGUUUAUUUCUUUCACCUCCUUUGGCCGUUAUCUGAGCAUUCGAUUAACCACCUGAAAGUGCUACCGCUGUCUGGUGGAUCAGUCCAAGCAAAAGCUAAACAUACAAGCCAAUAUUUAUCGGAAGGACAUGCGAUAAACAGGUUACAAUAACAAUAAGAGUUUUUAGAGAAAUUUUACAUUUCAUAUUUUCAUCUCUUGUGAUGAUUUAAAAAUAGGAAAGAUGAUAUAUCAUUAUAUUAAAAACCGCCGCAGCUUCUUACACCCUCAAAUCUGCCGUUGGUAAUAAAGGAAUCACCAACUUGAGCAUUUCAUAGAUUAUGGGUGAUGGUCGAAAGGUAAAAGAUCAAAGUCCCUGGCUGCAAUGAAGCUUUUCAAACGCUGGGAGACUUUCGGUACGGAUUCGCGUCGUGUAUCGGCGCAGUGUGGGUGGAGACACAGAGGGACAAUUGACUGUGAUUUGUUCACCAAAAUAUUCAUACAGAUCAUACAGUGGUGGAAUCAUGAAUCUGAAUAUCCAUAGUAGCUAGUAAACCAGGCUGCAAUGCAUAUUAUUAUCGUGUAUUUCCAGCUUUACAUACAGCCCGCAGCUGGAUAGAUACACCGACAUACAUGCCGCUAUACAAUAGGCGUUUUUUGUUUGUGAUUUACUGUCUGAAGGCUACCAAGAUAUACGAAUGAAGAGAAGAAUGGUUACUGGUGGCUGGUUCAUCUGAUUGGAUUCCCUACUUUUAACUGAUAUCUACAUAGUAAUGCCUAGUUUGGCAUGUCAUAGAGUAAUUGUGUUUAUACAGGGUAAUCCAUAUUAUUUUUACUGUCUAAACGAUAUAUGAUAAAUAGCAUUUUCGGAAAAAUAGGCUUGAAAAAUAUAGUGCUUUAGCGUUCCACCCAUUGACGAUAACCCACUUUUCGUACUGGUUUCCUUGACACCGGGCAAUCUCAGUAACUGCUAUACUGAUUCUAACAGAGCUUGGAAUGGAUUAUUGUACGGUCACAGAUUUGAAAAUGGGUGUAAGGGCACUAAAGUUAGAAACCAGAAAAAAAGCAGAUUCUCCAAACUUUGUGCUUACAUCCUGAAAACUUUUCAGUUUAAAUGAAAACAUUCACAUUGUUUUUUAACUGUUCUUAUUUAUUUUUCAGUGGACAUGAAUAAUGUAGACUGAAUAGUAUAAAAUUAAAUAAAAAAAAACGGAACAUGACAUAUGUUUUCUCGCAACAUACUUGAACAAUUUACAGCCCAUGUUGGAACAAGGAAUCGAAACUUUUUUCAUCAUGAAUUGUCAUAAAAAUAUAAAACUCAAAAUACUUUGGAAAUUUUUGCCAUUGCUCAUUGACGAAGGAUGUAAAACUAAAUAACACAUUUGUAUCGUAUUUUGUUAUUUUUCGUACUACCCACUCAUGAAUCGCAAAAAUUUAGUUGUUCAAUAAAAAGAGUUCCAAAACUAAUAUCUUUUUAGGAGAGCAAAAAGAACGGUGGGUCUUUGGAUUCGCUAUUGAAUGAUCUUACAAUCCUCCAUGUUUGUCUAGUCGCAAAUGAAACCUCAUAUGCUAAUAGUGCCUACUGAUGACGUUCUAGUAAUCACGGUGGCUUUUUUUUAAGAAAAAACAAGGUAUUUUUUAGAGUUGCGUGGUGUUACAACUUAAGCAACUAUGUCUCAAAUUCCAAAUAUAUUUGAAUAACAAUACUCGCCGUUACAUCAUUUGCGGAGCAUCGAAAUAUAAGCACCCCCACCUCUUGGCGACACGUAAAACACUCCUGGCUGUGUUCUGCGGUCAACUAUCUGCAUGUGGCGUUCAUUACGUGGAUGUUUACCUUCUUCCUCACUACCUGUUUUAUCACAGACACUCCAGUUAAACUGUUUGAAGGUUUUGGGAUACCACAAUAUAAUUCCAGACAACUCGCCAAAAACUGUUUUAACGAUUAAGAGACGCUAUUCUUUUAUAGUCCAUAUCAUUUCGCCACUUUGGUAGUGGCUUUGAACCACCUUAACGCGACGAUGCAAUUCGGUAUUUUUGGAGGGCAGAAAAUGAAAGAGGUAUGUGCAACUUGGGUCGCUUAUUUUUGUACAUAUCUGCUAUGUUCCUCUGGAUGUCACAGAACAGCUGCUGAAGCAUUGCAACUUUGCUAAUACUUAAUUCAUAUGCUAUGUAUGUACAAGCUUUACAAUGUAUGUUGCAAAUUCAUUUUUUAUUACUUGGUCAUAAAAUUGUGGGAACCAAAGACAGGUUUAUUUCAAGUCCUUGCUGGUAUCCAUUUUUUAGUAAUUAAUAAACAUCUAGCUUAUAUUAUUGAAUAAGAGUAUUUUCUUAUCUUCACUUUUCUAAUAAUCAAUACAAAUAAUUUAUUUAAUUUUCUCAAGUUAUGGUUUGUAGUUUCUAGCUAAUUGUGGUGUCUAGUUUAGACAAUGUCUAAAGGUCUAAAACUCUGAUAUUUCCGUACUGCUACAGUAAUGCUGCCGCUGGCUGUUAAAAUCAAUUUAUAUGCUUGCUAACGUUAUAGCGCGUGACGCAUAAUCUACCCAAAAUUGCAUUUCGUAUAUUUGAAACAAAACUUGUUGCAGAUCAAAUGCAGUGUCUCCAUCACCUUUUAUGCACAUCUCCUGAUGAUUCAUAUUAUUCUCAAAGAAAGUCUCGCCGAUUACAAAUUCAAAACAAAUCGUAUGUCAUAUCAAACAGACCGAAAAAAUCAUCUAAUUUGUCGCAACAAACACGUGAUUGGCAGGUUCCCUUUCAUUAGUUGACUCUAACUCACGUUGCCGAAUUCCUGUUUAUGCACAGUGUAACGUCAAACGCAUGAUUCAAGUUCUGCGUUGCGGCAGUGGUGCGAAACAUCAGAGAUUAUAAAUCGACGUGAAAGCUAUGUGAUUUUGAUAUAUGUAUUUAUUUAUAGACGUAUGCUUUUUGUUACCAUUUUUUGUUCAGUGAUAUUCAUCAAUACAGAUUUAUUUUUUU